AUGGCCUCGGACACAUCGAGCAACUUUUACUACUUCGCCUACGGAACCUAUGUCGAUGCAGCGGAGUUGCAGCGGUCUCUUGCCGCCGUCUCCGGUAGUGUCGCGUCGAUCAUCCAUUCAGCCCGCCCUGCCCUCCUUCCAGGGUACCGCCUCGUGCUCGAUGCCGUGAGCGCUGAAGGGCCGCGGCUAGGCUGCAUCAACAUUGCCCCGCUCAGUCUCGUCGCCCGCGAUCCAUCGACGGCGCGUCACUCCCCAAGCAAGGACCGGGAUGGAACGUCACACGAGUUCAAGGCGGCUUUUCGCGACGGGGCUCGGGGGAUCGUGUACGAGCUCUCCGCCAACAUGCGUGAACCACUGCUGCAGGCUGUCGCGCGCGAAGGGUCAUUCAACGCGUACGCCAUGCUCACGUGUUACGUGAUGAGCGACGUGCAUCGCGGCGUGCGGGCGCCAGACUCGCAGAUGCUCACGUCCCUCGUGAUCGCCGCGCUGGACAUGCCGCUCAUGGAGCGCGAGUUCUCUGAGGAGACCCUCAUGCAACUUCGCUGGCAGCCGCUGCCAAAGCCGCAAGGGGUCCAGGCCCAACCAGGGCUGGUCGCCGUUGUUGCACCCUCUCCGGCUGGAACUCCAAACGGUGCGGAUUCCCCGCUUCAGCCGCGCUGGCCUGGAUUGCAUUGGUGCAACUGCACGCAAUCUGUGCGCGUUGCCCCCAGCCAAGCAUACGCAGCUCUCCUGGAGAAGGCCUACCGUGAGUACCUCCACCUGAACAUAGCAGCCGAUCAAGACGGCAGUAGCUCCACUGAGGUCGCCACUCACAGCUCAGCGUCCUCGGAUGGCGGCGACGUCGACUCGUACGCGACAGCGAUCCAUCGCAUGGUGUACCAGCAGGUCCGCAAUGUCAGCAAGGACCGACAGGAGGCCAAGACGUGGUACUUGGCGUACGGCUCUAACAUGUCUUGGGAGCAGGUGUGCGUCCGUAUCGGCCCGCCGUACCAGCGCCGCCCCGCCAAGCUGCUCGGCUAUGUGCUCGUUGCCAACACGGUAUCCAUAGGCCACUCGAAUGGUGGUAACUUCGGAUAUUACAACGUGGAGCCGGUGGCGCUGCGGAAGAAGAAGGAGGCGCAGGGGAUGGUGAAACACCCCAGUACGAUGCCGCCAUACGUCUGCGGUGCUGCGUACGAAAUCAGCCAGGCACAAUUGGAGAUCAUGGACACCUACGAGAGAGGCUACUCCCGCGAGCUGCACCGCUGCACCGACCUAAGCGAUGCGACGGCGGCCCCGCUGGAGUGCUGGACGUACAUUGCACAGCAAACCUCCGAAGACUUGCUGCCGUCGCACGAGUAUCGAUCACGCGUGUUGGAGGGCGCAGACAUUCUACCGCCAGAGUACAUCGAGUGUAUCCGUGCCGUCCCGACGAACCCGCUGCGGAGUCCACGGCAGGACAAGCGCCUUCGCAAAGAACUCUGA